AUGGCUUCGAAGGGAAAGAAUGCGCAAGCUGUGAUGGUGGAGGUCCCAAACAAAUACCCACACAAGACUAAAGUGGAGGAGGAGCGGGGACACUGGGGGACCAAAGCAGAGUUCAUCCUCACUGUGAUGGGAGCCAUCAUCGGACCUGGGAAUGUGUGGAGGUUCCCAUACCUGUGCUACAAAAACGGCGGAGGUGUCUUCUUCAUCCCAUACAUUCUCUUCAUAUUCACAUGCGGAAUACCCCUGUUCUUCCUCGAGACAGCAUUAGGGCAGUACACCAGCCAGGGGGGGAUCACUUGCUGGAGAGGGAUUUGUCCGCUCUUUCAAGGCAUGGGCUACGCCAGCCACCUGAUCAUCGCAGUCAGCGGCACCUCUUACAUCAUAAUCUUCACGUGGGCGUUCUUUUACCUGUUUUCAUCCUUCGGUUCGGAAUUGCCUUGGGCCUCCUGUGGCAACUACUGGAACACAGAAUCAUGCUUCGACAGCCAUAAGAAUAUGAGCAUAGAGUCUAGAAUGAACACCACCCUUCCAGUUGUGGAGUUCUGGCAACGGCGGGUCUUAAAUAUCUCUAGUGGUAUUGACCAUGUUGGCAGUUUGAGGUGGGAACUGGUCCUGUGUCUCAUCCUGAGCUGGGUCAUCUGCUACUUUUGCAUCUGGAAGGGAAUCAAAUCAACGGGAAAGGCAGCCUACUUCACAGCCACCUUCCCUUAUGUCAUGCUCUUCGUUCUGCUCAUACGGGGCGUUACCCUACCGGGAGCAAUCGACGGAAUCAUUUACUACCUCUACCCUGAUAUCUCUCGCCUCUCAGAUCCCCAGGUGUGGAUGGAUGCUGGCACUCAGAUCUUCUUCUCUUAUGCCAUUGGCCUGAGUUACCUCACCACCCUUGGGAGUUACAACCCCUAUAAUAACAACUGUUACAGAGACUGUUUCUACCUGUGUUUGCUGAACAGCGCCACCAGCAUUGUGGCAGGCUUCGCCAUUUUCUCAGUUCUGGGUUUCAUGACGUACGAGCAAGGCGUGGACAUUUCUGAAGUGGCGGAGUCAGGCCCAGGGUUGGCAUUCAUUGUGUACCCACGUGCUGUAGCUUUGAUGCCCAUGCCACAGGUGUGGUCAGUGUGUUUCUUUCUCAUGAUCAUUCUACUUGGACUGGACAGCCAGUUUGUUGGGAUGGAAUGCAUGAUGUCAUCACUGGUCGAUCAUUUCCCCACUUACCUGCGUCAAGGCUACAGACGUGAGCUUAGCCUGCUGGUCAUCUGCUGUUGCUGCCUCUUGCUAGGACUCCCCUUGGUGACUGAGGGGGGCAUUUACCUACUCCAGCUGGUUGACCACCAUGUCUGUAGUGGCACCACCCUGCUCCUCCUCUCCUUCUGCGAGUCCGUCAGCAUCGGGUGGGUUUACGGUGCUGAUCGUUUUUCUGACAACGUCGAAGACAUGAUUGGUUACAGACCAAAUCGGUUCAUGAAGUACUGCUGGUGCUAUAUAACUCCCUUCAUCUGUUUUGGAACUUUCGUCUUUUCUAUUGUCAAAUAUUCUCCACUGAGGUUCAGUAACAGCUACGUAUAUCCACUGUGGGCCAACAUCCUCGGCUGGUUCAUCGCCACAGUCUCCCUGUCCCUCAUCCCGCUGUUUGUGUUGAUCAAAAUGAUCCGAGGAAAAGGUACCAUUGCGGAGCGCUUCCUAUUUCUCUGCCAGCCUGUAGAAAACAUUGAUCAAAAGCGUCCCUCUCCCGCUCAGGGAAGCAAUGUCACAACUUCCUUCUCGGAUCGGGACCGUCUGGCCCACACUGGUGAACUCCAUCAGUUACCCAACUACGCAGCUCAGAACUGA